GGCCGACUCACGUGGGAGUGAGCCAGACUCGGGGUCUCCCGUAGCGUGGUCCCCCAGGACCGCAGAGCGCGCGCCGCUGCACCCGCUUCCGAGCCAUGCCUCACAGAAGGAAGAAACCCUUUAUAGAGAAAAAAAAAGCUGUAACAUUUCACCUGGUACACAGAAGUCAGAGGGACCCUUUGGCAGCUGACGAUACUGCACCUCAGAGAGUUCUGUUGCCUUCACAGAAGGGAGAUGAGGAACAGAGGAGAGAAGAGCAGAGGAAAUAUGGAGUGUUCUUUGAUGAUGACUACGACUACUUGCAGCAUCUAAAAGAAGCCUCUGGUCCCUCAGAGCUAGUCCCAUCUGAUGUGUCUGGUCAACAGAGCAGGAUUAUAGUGAGAGGGGAAGUAGAGAGAGAGGAAGAAAGUCAACAAAUUCCAUCUCCCACUAUUAAGUUGCCUUCCUCAGUGUUUGCCUCAGAGUUUGAAGAGGAUGUGGGACUGUUAAAUAAAGCUGCUCCUGUUUCAGGACCCCGUUUGGAUUUUGACCCUGAUAUUGUCGCAGCUCUUGAUGAUGACUUUGACUUCAAUAAUCCAGAUAAUCUUCUCGAAGAUGACUUUGUCCUAAAGGCCAAUGAGCCAGGGAAAGGGGUCUGGAAAGGAGAAGAUUGUCGGAGCUCUGAUACUGAGGAUGAAGAUGAGUGGGAGGAUAUGGAUGAUGAUGGAAAGGACAACAACAGUAGUGAUGAAGAUUAUGAUUCAGAGGGUCCUUUGUCGGAUGAUGAGGGAGUUAGUGGAGAGAUGAAAGAGUUCCUUUUCAUGCAAGAGGAGACCAAGAGUCGUUUCACAGAAUACUCCAUAACUUCGUCCGUAAUGAGAAGGAAUGAGCAGCUGACCCUGCUAGAUGAGAGAUUUGAAAAGUUCUUUGAACAGUUUGAUGACGAUGAGAUCGGAGCAUUGGAUAAUGUGGAAUUAGAAGGCUUUAUUCACACCGACAGCACUCGGUUGCAAGAAGUCCUGAAUGACUACUACAAAGAGAAAGCUAAGGACUGUGUGAAACCUGAUGCUCUUGAACCAAGAAAGUAUUUAGAUUCUCUCCUUAAUGAGAAGGGUGAGAAAGAAGAAGAAAUCGUAACUUUAGUUAUUGAGGAACCCAAAGAGAAGUGGGAUUGUGAAUCCAUUUUGAGUACAUACUCAAACUUGUAUAAUCAUCCAAAACUUAUUGAGGAGCCAGCAAAGUCCAAACCAAUCAAAAUUUCUCACAAGAGUGGAAUCCCACUGGAUAUCUUGCCUCAGAGAGGUCUUACGGCUAAGCAGACUGAACGCAUGCAAAUGAUUGAUCAAAGUGAUCUGCCAAGAGUAUCCACACAGCCACGUUCCAAAAAUGAGAGCAGAGAGGAUCGAAAAGCUAGAAAACAAGCUAUAAAGGAAGAACGAAAGGAACGGAGAAUGGAGAAGAAAGCCAACAAAUUAGCCUUCAAGUUGGAAAAAACAAGGCAAGAAAAAGAACUGCUCAAUCUGAGACAGAACGUUCAAGGGCUCAAGCUGUCGUAGUGGAACAGAUGACUUUCAUAUUGUGGAAAGUUCUUUGCAUUGUUCUUUGUGCUAGGAUCUUGGGA